AUGGAGAUCCCCACCACACAAAAGGCAAUCGUCUAUGACGAACCAGGCAAGCUCUCCACCAAAGUGACAGAUCUACCCGUCCCUGAGCCAGGACCCGGAGAGGUUCUCAUUAAUCUCACCCACUCUGGUGUCUGCCACUCUGAUUUCAGCGUCAUGAUGAGCAACUGGGCUAUUCUGCCUUUCCCCACACAAAAGGAUCAAGUUGGCGGCCACGAAGGUGUCGGCAAGAUUGUCAAGCUUGGUCCUGGCAGUGAAGAGACUGGUGUCAAGAUUGGCGACCGUGUCGGCGUCAAAUGGAUUGCUUCUGCCUGCGGACGAUGUGGUCCUUGCUUUGCGCUUUCGGAUGGCCUUUGCCGAAACGCCAAAGUCUCUGGAUACUAUUACCCAGGAACCUUCCAGCAGUACGUCAUUGGCCCAGCUACCUAUGUGACGCCCAUCCCUGACGGUCUCGAUUCUGAGCAGGCGGCGCCUAUGCUGUGUGCCGGCGUGACCGUUCUUGCUGCCAUUAAGCGCGCCCAACUCAAGGCUGGUGACUGGCUGGUCAUUGUCGGCGCGGGUGGUGGUCUUGGCCAUCUUGCCGUGCAGCUGGCUAGCAAGGGCAUGGGAUACCGUGUGAUUGGUAUCGACCAUGGCAGCAAGGAGGAGCUUGCCAAGGAAUCCGGCGCAGAGCACUUUGUCGACAUCACCAAGUUCCCUACCGACGACAAGGGCGAGGCUAUCAAGAAGCACGUCCACGAACUGGCCGAUGGCAUCGGUGCCCACGCGGCUGUGGUUUGCACCGCUGUCAACGCUGCGUAUGCUACCGCAUUGACCUUUUUGCGCUUCAACGGCACUCUUGUCUGCGUUGGUAUUCCAGAGGGCGAGGCUGUCCCCAUUGCGACUGCAUCGUCGCCCGCCAUCAUCAUGAACCAGUGGAAGAUUGUUGGCUCGGCUGUGGGCACGCGCCAAGAGGCCAUUGAGACGCUUGACUUUGCGCGCCGCGGUAUUGUCAAGGCGCAUGUCAAGGUCGAGAAGAUGGAUGCUUUGAACAGCGUGUUUGAGCAGAUGCAUGAGGGCAAGCUGCAGGGCCGUGUUGUGCUGGACCUUGCGUAG